AUGGAUAUUGUAGAUAAAUUGCUCAAUGAUAUGCCGCUUGACAUAAGAUGGGAUGAGGAGAGGCAAUUUGACAUUGGCACGCAUGAAAGCCUGUCGCAACACCUAAGCUUGAGUGUGGAUGAUGAGCUAACAAAGCACAUGGUCAAGCUCAAUGCCAGUGUAGUGCUUACUCCUAUCAGCACCUCAUGUCUUCUCAACCAAUGUAUGAAUGCUGCAGACCAAGUAUUUAAUGAGUUUCUACAAGGGGAAGAGUCACAGGACAGUUUAUUGGAGUUAUUAGCUCAUGGAGAGUGUUCGAUUGGCAUGGACAACAAACCAAUUGCCGAGCCAAUCUCUUUCAAGGCUCCGAUGGCAGGGGAGUUGUUUGAUGAAAACCAUGUAUGGGAUGAUGAUCCACAGUAUGAUACUGAGCCACUGGAUGACAUGAGCAUGGAUGUAGAUCAUGUGGUAGAGCCACCCACCAAGGACUUUCAGGGCAAGUUGCUGUCUAAAGAAGUGAUUUGUGAUAGCAUGGUGUGGGAUGAAAUACAAGCUGAAAUUGGCACGUACCAUGGUUUACUGCAGCAAUUAGCUCAAAGUGGGGAUUACUUUGAUGAGAAACUGAUUGGGUCAGACAAAGAAAUACUUUCAUUGAGGGCGGUAGCUAAAGACUCAAGAAGGAAAGUUCAGCAACUGAAAUACAUUGUAGAUGAGUUACAGUUCAAAUUUGACUGUUCACUAUCUCAUCUUGGAAGCAUGUGCAAUAGCUUGAGGAAUUAUGAGUGGACGAAAUGCCCCUCCUUGAACCUGAAGAAAGGAAGUCUUGAUGGAAUCUGUCCUAAUGAGAAAAUAUAUGCUAGUAAUGGAGAUGGAAAUGAAACUUAUUCCAAAGUUGAGAUAUAUGAUCUGUACCUUGGGAAAUGGAUAUGUAGCCCAUCUAUGCUGCUCUGUCGGUUUGCUCUUGCUGCAUCUGAACUAAAUGGAGUCGUCCAUAUGUCUGGUGGCUAUGAUGGAAGUGUGUACCUGGAAUCAGCAGAAAGGUAUGAUCCAAGGGAGCAUUUCUGGGUCUGGCUUCCAAGUAUGAGUACUAAAAUAGGAUGCCGCACCUUAACUGUCUUUGGAGACACCCUAUAUGACAUUGGGAGGGCAUUGUUAGCAAUAUGUUUGAAUGUACCAUGCGAUCCAGGUGGCAAUCAUGACUGCUUCAUUCCAGCCAUUGCUUGGAGACAAGCAAUGUUUUGUGGGGGCGGUAAUGUCAUACCCCGUACCACAUGA